UUCAUCACGGUUCAUUGGUGGAAAUAAAGCAUUAUGGGAAGGAAAAGUAACGUCCUCUGAUAUAAAUUCUUACAGGUUACAGCGGAUAAGAUGGUAUUGGUGCUGGGAUAGACAGUUUAGGAUAUUGACGUUGAUAUCUGGUGUAAAUAUCAAUGGACACUUCAGCAGCUUGCUGGGAUAUAAAUCGUGGAGCCUGGGCCGAGGAUCAUCUUCAUAAUGAAUUUUCUCCACACGGACUAGAAGGAAGAGUUGUUCGUUACGUAAGCUAAACACUGCUCAUAAGAUGCCUGCAUCAGUGAAAUAGACGACGUCGGUGAAGGGACAAUUGAUUCUUUUGGUCCAAAAUAAUAAAUCUGAAACAUUUGGAUCCAAAGAGGAUUGAACGACUGCCAACUCUUGCUGUAUGCACACAGCCUUCCUUUGCACUUGCGCUCAUCUCGUGAUGUUCAGUAUAAAUUGUGGACUCGCUCAGAGACAUGUAAGUGGCCCCUGGACGUGUUUUGAAUGGUAAUUAACCUCUCUACGGAUUCAUCUUGGUAAAUAUCAUUAGGCCGGGAGCUAUUGGGGGGAGACUCAGGCUGCCCCUUGAGAUUACGGGAUAAUAUAACAACGCCAUUGUGUCAUUGUCUCCGCUGUGUCAUUGUGUAUCUUGAAGGGAGGCUCUCUUAGUGCUGUCUGCUCCAGAUUGGUGUUUAUUAGUGGACAUGGCUUCAGCAGCGGAUCGACCUCGGUCACCAAGAUUUUAUCUCCAACCUAUCAUGUGUCGUGAUUGGAUGGUCCAUGAAGAUGCAGGCCUCGCGUAUAGACUACAGGAAGAGGAAAAAGACAAACACUAUGGCAACAAUCGUUGGAAUCGCAAGACGACGCGGGAGGACAUCAUCAAUGCCAAGAUCGUCCAGCACGAGGAGGAGUUACGUCAACAGGAGGAGAAGAUGAGGGAGAUCGAGCAGAAACGCAGAGUAGCAGACGAUGAUGCCCGCAUGGCUCAUGAGGAACAACAGAAACUUCAAGAUGAGGAAGCCCGGAAUAGGCUACAGGCCAUGGAUGAUGAGAGAAUCGCCCAUCAGGUGAUGGAGCACAUCAUGAUUGAAGAGUCGGAACGACAGAAGGAACAGGAAACAGAAGAUGAGCGAAUAGCGCGGUUAUUACAAGAGAAAGAAGAGCGGCGAUACGAGCGUUACAAGGAGAAGAAACAGGAGCGCGAGUUGGCACGGGAACGGCGCAGGAUAGAAAAGUCAAUCGCACAACAAUCGCAAGAUGUGCAACAACCAUCACCAGAGUAUGAUGAAGAAAUAGAUGGUCGCUAUGGAGAUGUGUCACAUGAUAGCCGUGGCUCAGGACCAAGGUAUUUACGGCGCAAAAAUGGUUUGGUCAGGGUGCGCGAUUCUGAUGGUCGUCUAGAAGAUGUGGGUGACUUCUCUGAUUUCUUUAUUCCACCGUCGGAUGAGAUGGAUGAAAGUCAGGCGAAGGAGUUGCAGGAAAACCAGGACAUGGAGCUGGCACGGUUACUGCAGGAACAGGAACAUAAACGUGGUGGCAAGCCAAAUGUCGACAAACUGAAACUACUCGAACAGAAGGAUGCAGAACUCGCACGGGUAAUCCAAGAACAAGAAAAAUUAAAACUUAGAAAACUCAAAAAUAAAUUGAAACAAAUGUCAGUGCAUGAAAGAAAUUUAUAUGAACGGGACCACCCGCCCCGCCCUCCAGACCGGUCGCUAAGCGUGUCAGAAACCACGGCAACCCAUCAUAGCAACAAUUCCAAUCACAGCUCUAGUGAUGACCAGGCAGACCAACAGCCGCCUAUUCCCGCUCGCUUGUACACUGAGCGACCAUUACAGAAUGCCCAAGUUGGCCACCAGAGGGCAGGAUCGGAGGAUGAUGCAUCACCCCUUGCACAACAUAUCAAGGAACGUGAUCAGGAAAUACGCAUACGGAAUCUUGAUUCUCAUUGGCAGCCUCCACUUGAUCAGGCGCCACCGUCAUAUCCAAGUCAACCACGGACGCCCUCUAGUGGUGGGAGUGAUGAUGCGCUGCCACCGUUUACCAGUCGGAAUACGCAAGCCGCCUCCGCAGAAGAUGAUACUGUGCCCAGCCCUGGUGGGUUCACCACAACAUUCAACAUCGCUGCUGCCAUAGACCCUACUUAUAACAGGAGAAGUAAACAUGUCCCCCCAGGCAUGGAACCGGAGUUCAGGACGGGGUUGAAUAGAGGCCAUUCAAUGCCUCCUCCACCUGAAGAAAAGAACGGCCCGACGCCCGCCGUCAUAACGCACCAUACCGGUAAUGCGUCUGGUUCAGCUCUGCCAGACUUCGAUUACAGCGAUGAUGAGUAUGAUGAUGAAGCGCCACCUAUGCCAGUGCAAGGUCAACGAAGAUUACAGAAAGGACGCAAGUCAAAGAAUGGUGCAGUUGGUCCUGGGGAUAGGUCGAGGUCAAGUUGUAAACAGCAAUAAGGCAUUUCUUUGCGAUCUUUGGUUUGCUGGCCCACCUCUGUGGUUGAGUGUAUUGAGCACUCAGUUGUCUUACUGUUUUAUGUGGCCUAAAUGCUAAGGACUUGCAGUGCAGUGACAUUUGGCCAACUUCACUUCUAGUUUACCAUUAAGCAAUUAUUCAAGUCCAUUCCAUAUUUGACUGUUAUCGAUGAGAUCUUUCUUAAAAGUUGGACCAGUUAAAUAAUCUGCUGCAGUUGAAUAGUUAAUCCAGUACUGUUGAUAUUGAUGUAGACUGUUGAAUUGUGAAGCUGUAUGUUGCAGAGAUGAAGUCAGUUGUACAUGUAGUUGAGUAUACACGCAACAUGCAACACAUAUGCUUAGAUUAUAUUGUUGGUGGGAGCGUAAAAUUGACGUCCUUUGGACGUGACUUCAUCAGGUUUACAAAACGUUGCUUAAAUUUCUGCUAAGAUAUUUGAAAGUGCAAUAGAGUUCAGUAUAUUUAAUAAAUAUUCCGUGUAUAUUAACUCUUGUUCUCUUAUAGACUAGGGCUGAUGUUGAGGCCAUAAUAUGCCACAGAUUGAACUGAUAUUCAAGACAAUGAUCAUUGGUCAAAAUCUCUGUAGCUUAGCGUUGACAUAUCAGCCUUCAUGUAACAUAUCUUGUGGUGCCACUUGAUAUCAUAAGUGUUAUCCCAGCAAAGUCAACACGUUGUCUAAAUGAUCAGAUGCAGAAAUUGAAUGAUCUGUAUCUUAAUUAAAGAACUGUAUCUUAAUUGAGUUAUUCAUUGAUUCCAAUAUAGAAUGAGAAAUCAGUUGAAAAAUGUCAUCUCAGAAAAUCUGUGCUUUCUGGGUGUUUUGGAAAUUGGAAAUGUUAUCAAGAGAGGUGAACUAUCUGAUGAACACUUUUGAACCUCCUCGGCACGUUCUGUAGCUAUGUUCGAUAAGGCUCUCUAUGAUGUUGUUUACAGCUAUCAUGGUGAACCUAAUGACGCACGCGACCAAAUGUCUGUCAUCUGAACUGAUGCUCGUUAUUCAAGUGUUCACCUGUUUAGAUUAUGAGGCAAGACCAGGAAAAAAAUGAAUGGGUGUUAAUAAACUAUUCAUGUAAAUAAUUCUGUAAAUAUGACAAUUAUUUACAUGAUUCAAGCAGAAUAGAUUUUCAUUUCUGCCAACGAUUUUCUUAAAAAUCAGUAUCGAUAGAACUGACUUUGUCUUCAAAGUUCACCAACACUUGUCCUACUUUCUCUAACCUUGCUACUGGCUGCUGCAUAUUCAUUUUCAAGAGUUUUAGAAGCAAAGUUAUUAGUUCGUCACCUCUGUGUCAGCUCCUAGAAGUAGACGAGGAGGGAUAUCUUGAAUGAUGUGUCACACCGGUGCUUGAAGGUGCAGACAGGCACAUUGCUCAGGCACGGUUCGUACUAGCAAUAUUACUCUUGAAGGCCACUUUAGUUGUCUGCUGAGUACUACCUCUGCUGUGCAUGAUUAGGCCAACAUUUUGCUUGAAGCAUAUGUGUAUAUGAGUGUGUGUAAUAUCUUGAAUUGCUCAUCAUGUUCAAUAAUGAAAGAUGAUUGUAUUUAUUUCCUUUUUAUCUAUUCUACCAUAUCAAGUUAUUGAGAUUUCACUGUGGAAUGUCUUGUCAUUUGGAGACCACUACGUGAAAGUCGGAUGUAUAUGUGUAUAUUCUAUUUCUAUACAUGUAAAUAAUACUAUGGGGAGCUAUUUCCCUCAUCAAAUAUUAUAUACAAAUUUGGAA